AAACCCUCUGAGAGACCUGGUUCAUGAGAGGGAGGCAGAGCCGGAUCUGGCAGCCAGAGUCCCAGGAGGAGGGCACAGUGAGUGCAGAGCCUGGAUGUGAGGAGGAAGGUCAGUGCCUGCCAAUCACUCUACAGGAAAGGAUGUACCUUUGAAGAGGAACUUUCCGGACCCUCUUAAUUCUGCCAUCAGUGCAGCUCUUCCAGAUGAAGCUGCUUUGGUGGAAGGUGCUAAAAAGCUGGGCUUUGUGCAGUGAGAACACCAUACUCAGUCAUCAUGGAAGCAAUAGAGCUUUGGAGCCAAACCCUUCUGAUGAUCCAAGGGCAAGCACAAUCUUCCUGCGACAAUAUCAAACAGAUGUUCAAGAAAAGAGAAAGAGCAGCCGCACAAACCAUGUAUCUACUAAGCAUUUUACUAAAAAGCACAGCUCGUGUUCAACCAUAUACCUAGAUGACAGCACAGUCAGCCAGCCUUAUUUUACAACCACGGUAAAAUCUGUGGCCUUAGCAAUAUAUUAUCACAUGAAGAAAAGAGAUGCAGAUAAAUCCCUCGAUAUAUUUGACGAGCAGUUACAUCCACUUACUCGAGAAAAGAUGCCAAAGGAAUACUUUGAGUAUGUUCCUGAACACAAGUUUAUUUACAGAUUUGUCCAUGUUCUUUUUAAAGCCACAAACCUAACAGCUGAAUUUGCAAUAGUAAUUUUGAUUUACAUAGAACGACUCUUAAGUUAUGCUGAGAUAGACCUUUGCCCAACCAACUGGAAGAGGAUUGUCAUAGGAGCCAUUCUUCUCAGCUCCAAAGUUUGGAAAGAUGUGACUAUAUGGAAUAGGGAAUACUGCAAGCUCUUUGUGAACACUAGCAUUGAAGACAUAAAUGAGCUUGAAAGACAGUUUUUGCAGCUAAUUGAAUAUAACAUCAAAGUUUCUGGAAGUGUUUAUGCCAAGUACUAUUUUGAUCUUCGAUCCUUUGCAAAGGACAAUAGCUUGCAUUUGCCAGUUUAUCUUCUCAACAAAGAAAGAGCGCAGAACCUGGAAGCUGUUUCAAGGAUGGAAGACACCAAAAUCUUUUAUAGUGCUACCAUGAGAAGGUCCUUCAGCGCUGAUAAUUUCAUUACUCUUCAGUGCUCUAAAGCCAUUAUCUCUUGA